UUGUGUUGUUUGAUCGUUUGAAGAAAAUGCAAAAAAUCCUGUUUUUAAAUUAAUAUUUAAACCAUUUAUAGUUUUUGUUCGCUCCAAAUAAUUACUUCUUUUUGUUUAUAAAUACAUAAUUACCAACAGCGCUUAUUUUAUGCAAUGGCAAAGGCAGAAUCAACGGGUCAGAGCAUAGAAUGCUUGAACAUAGAUUUCAUGCGGUCUUUGGUGAAACAAUACUCAGAAUUGGGACAAUGGACCAGUGCAUUAUUCUGGGCUGAUGCAGCGGCAGCAGCGGGCAGUGGCAAUGGGUCUCCCAGCGGUGAUGAUAUCUGGCUGCUGGCCAGCGUCAUGCUCUCCCGAGGAGAACUGCACAGAGCUGCACAUGCGGUUACCUCGAGAGAAUUACACAGGAGGCAUCUCUUGUGUCUGGGGGUGGCGAUGCGAGCGUACCUCUCUGCACGUGAGCCUGCCACAGCUCUCACCAUGAUGGAGGAGUGCGACCCAGCGCUGCUCGAGCCACGGACGACCGACCAGACUCACAAUAGGGCGCUAGCAGGAGUACUAGUGUGGCAGGCGCGUGCAUUAUGGGCUUUGGAGCGACGGGAGGCGGGCGCGGCGGCGCUGUGCGCGGCGCUGAGGGCGGACUGUGCGUGCUACGAGGCGCUGGAGCUGCUGCUGGAGCGGCACGCGCUCCCGCCCGCCCAGGAAACAGAGCUGAUAGAAUCGCUUUCGCUGUCGUCUCAGCUGAGCGGCCCCGAGGCGGCGUUAGUACGGGCCGCGUACCGCGAGCGACUCAACAGAUACGCCGCGCCAGCGAUUGAGCCGUCGCCAGAACCCACCUGCCCGGGUAGUAUUAAAACGAAAGUAGAGACUUGCCGCCUGCGUACCUCUGAGGCGGCAAUUUGCCGCGCGCGGCGGUUAGCCGCCGGCUGCGAGUGGGCCGCGGCCCUCAAGUUACUGGAUACUGUGGACCCCUGGUGCUGUGGCGAAGUCCGGGCGGCGUGCCUAGUGGAGUUAAAGAAGAGUUCAGAACUGUUUGCCUUCGCACAUACUCUGGUGGAUGCAUACCCUAAUAGUUGGAUAUCGUGGUUUGCAGUCGGAUGCUACUAUUAUCUUAUUGGCAAGAACGAGUUCGCGCGUCGCUACCUGAGCAAGGCGAAAGGGCUCGAGGCGGGUGCGGGCUGCGCGUGGCUGGCCUACGGGCACUCCUUCGCCGCCGACUCCGAGCACGACCAGGCCAUGGCCGCAUACUUCAAGGCGAGUCAAUUGAUGGGCGGAUGCCACCUGCCGCCGUUGUACGUGGGGGUAGAGUGUUCACUACUCAACAACUCCGCCAUGUGUGAGCGUUUUCUAGCGCGCGCCGCCGCACUGCAUAGCAACGCCGAGGCGUCCUUAGACAAGAUGGUGGAGCGCUCCGACGGCAAGGCCCACUGGGCGCGCCUCGUGCCGCUGGCGCACGAGCCGCACGUGGCGCACGAGGCGGGCGCCGCCGCCUUCGCCGCGGGAGACUACUCCGCCGCCCACCAGCUGUUCCUGCGAGCCCUACACGCGGCGCAGGGCGGCCGCGAGCCGGCGCAGCUAAGCAGCCGUUGGGCAGCGACUCUAGACGCGCUGGGGCACACGAGCCGGCGCCUGGGCCGCAUCGACGACGCCGUAAGCUGGCACGGCCGCGCGCUCGCGCUCCGUCCUGCCCGCAGCGCUUCGCUAGCCAGCCUGGCCGCGACGCCGGGAGGCACGGGCGCCCGCCCCGCCCGCUGCACCUCGCUGGCCAGCCUGGGGCUGGCGCUAGCGCUGCAAGGGCAGGAGAUCGACGCGUCGAGCGCGCUGCACGCAGCCCUAGCGAGAGAUCCCGACAACGUGGUAGCACUGGCUUUGUUGGAUGCUAUAGUCGACACGCUCUCUACAGAAAACUUAGAGGACGAGAUCCAGCAGUUCCCGUUCCCAGCCGUGAACAUCUCGCUGCCCGCGCCCGCCACGCCCGCGCCCGCGCCCGCAGACGCCACCAACACGUCCGAUAUGAGCAUGAGCUUCGACUAACGCAGGUUAUACAACUCUUUGUAUCAACGCGAGGCAGUUUGAAGUUUUAGGCCCGAAACCACAGAAUAAUAAUAAGUACUACCACAGAAUAAUAAUAAGUACUACGUACAGAAGUUUUACUUCGCGAAGGUAUUUAAAAAAAUGUAUGCUCAAUGUCAUUAACAAUAUGGUGUAAUUUAGCCUGUCUCAAGAGUCAAGCACCAUUUUGUUGACAAACGUCAGUGAUCGGCACUGCGCCAAAGCUAUAGGGCUGACUUCGGUAAAAUGAUGUGACGUGAGGUGCCAGGUUGCGUCUGUGGAGAACCUAAUAUAUUAUUACAAAUCCCGGCGAUAAAUAUUGCACAUCGACCUUUAGAAAGAGACAAUCGGCUAAUUUCGGUUUCGUAGAGCGUUGAACAACGACUGAAAAUGACGUUUUGUCAAAGUGUAAACAAACUUUAUUUUAAAUGUGUGCAAUUGAUUUUGUGAAUUAAAUUGCUAAAAACUUUUUAUAGUAGUGAAAGAAAAGUGGUUUACAAUGUUCUGACAAUAUUUUCAUUGAAUAAUAUUUGUCAAUGCGCGAGCGCGGGGCCCGCCUGCCACAACGGUCUCCCGCGCGGUUCUCGGCGACGGACCACUUUUGUAUGAAACCGCGCGGGUUCCGCUUAACACAGUUUCGGGCCUUACACGAUAGAUUAAAUAAAUAUCGCGUUACAUUCGUCUGUCCCCGACCUUUAUGCCACGCCCGCGCCCGCAGACGCCACCAACACGUCCGAUAUGAGCAUGAGCUUCGACUAACGCAGGUUAUACACCUCUUUGUAUCAACGCGAGGCAGUUUCAAGAAGUUUUACGGCCGAAUACUGAAACGCCAUUUAAAUAUUUGUCGGCUUCUCAAAUAGUUAAGCAGCUCCUAAACUUACAUUUCGCAUACUCAAAACAAUAUCUGAGCAGUUCUCAAUUUUUAAGCACCUCUCAAAUUAAGUUGCACUCAAACGCCACUCAAA